GUUCACCCGGACUCCCUCUACUCGAAUACUCGAGUAUUGGGCCUGAGGACCCCCGUGUCGAACAAGUUACCUACUAGACAGCAACUCAUCGGUUCCCACAAGACUUCAGAGAUACCAAAUCCAUUCUUGUCUCAUACGCAUAAUCCACGUCUGUUCAAACUCCGCAGAUGGGAACAACCAUCCGCGAGCACACCACCCCAAAACCUAAACCAUGAAGGCUCGUCAGUCUCUCAACUCUAUCGGUCGGGCGGCCUUAGAAGCGCAAUCUCAACCAACAGCCUCUACUACUAUUUCUGGGGAACCCGAAAUCAAGCUCGCGUCUGCGCGCUCCCCGGACCCGGAGGUCCGAAAACGCAAUUUAUUCCAGCAGCGCGCGUUCAAAUUCUCACACUCACUACUGGUGCUGUUACUAUUACUCUUCGUGUUCCUACACGGAGUUGGAUUAUUUCUGUUUACGAAGGGGUUCCUGCUAACCCGGUUAGUCCUCGGCGAGAAGUCUUCCUGCGAUGUCUCACCGCUUGGCAGCGGGGUCGAUUGGGAGGGAGGGGAUAUAGCCAAGGGAUGCUGGCAUCCAAAGACAUUUAAUAGAGCUGUUGUGAUAGUCAUCGAUGCAUUGCGAUAUGACUUUACGGUUCCAUUCGCCUCCGAGGAGGGUGGCGAUUCCACGGGUGUGAAGCAGUUCCACAACGCUUUUACAGCGCCGCACGCAAUCGCUUCGAAGCACCCUCGCAAUGCGAUAUUGUUACCGUUCAUCGCGGAUCCACCGACUACAACUUUGCAGAGACUGAAGGGAUUGACAACGGGGACAUUACCGACUUUUAUUGACGCUGGGAGCAAUUUCGCUGGGCAGGUGAUCGAUGAGGAUAACCUUAUUUCACAAUUAAAGGCUGUGGGGAAGAGGACUGCGUUCAUGGGGGACGAUACCUGGAUGGCGCUAUUUCCCGGAUUGUUCGAGGAGGACAUGGAGUACCCAUAUGAAUCUUUGAACGUGUGGGAUUUGCAUACGGUGGAUAAUGGCGUCAGCGAGCAUAUCUUCCCGCUAUUGCACCCAGAGAAUGCUUCGCGAUGGGAUGUGCUUAUUGGACAUUAUCUUGGUGUGGAUCAUGCGGGGCAUCGAUAUGGGCCGGAUCACUUCGCCAUGAGGGAGAAAUUGGUACAGAUGAAUGGGGUUAUCGAAAAACUGGUUGGGAGUGUUGACGAUGACACUUUGCUGGUUGUCAUGGGCGAUCAUGGAAUGGAUCCUAAGGGCGACCACGGAGGAGAGUCGCAGGGCGAAUUGGAAGCUGCCCUGUGGAUGUACUCUAAGAAACCGGUCUUUGGUGAGUUUCCACAAGGAUUGGACCCUAAUGGUGGAGACUAUUCCGGCCCCCAAGGCGCUAGGUCUGUUGCCCAGAUCGAUCUUGUUCCGACACUUUCAUUGCUGCUCGGACUGCCGAUUCCAUUCAACAAUCUCGGGGCCCCGAUAGUAGAGGCGUUUUACGGCAAGGGCGGGGUCCUCGGAUGGAAAAACCUAGUCGAUGUCGCCCAUCUAACUGCAGCUCAGAUCAAACGCUACCAGGCCGAAUAUUCCGGAAAGAAUGGCGAAGAAGUUGAGGGGAUUGAAGGGAUCAAUUCCAUCUGGGAUACUGCAUAUCAGAAGUUGUCCAAUGCCCAAAAGCUUGGGGGGGAAGCCCGAACUGCGGAUUGGCAGAAUGUCUUUGCCGAGUUCUCAGACUAUCAAUCUGAGACACUCCGAGCUUGCCGCCAUGUCUGGGCAAGGUUCGACCUGGUCAGCAUGGCUGCGGGUGUUAUUGUGCUGGCCGGGGGUGUCGCUGUCGUCGCUGUGUAUGCUCGCGCCUUCACAGGCGAUCAUACUGAACUCACGGAUACGCUGCUCACCCGGAUGGCUAAAGGGCUCGGUAUCGGAGCUAUCCUUUCAGUAGUCGAUGGGGCCAUCGCUAAGAUAGAGCAGGUUAGGGUUCCUAGUAUCGGUGAAAUAUUUGGGCUGUCGCCUCUGCGAAUGCUCCUGUUGGUCAGCAGUUUGGGCACGAUAGUUGGCUUCUUUUCGGCCACUCACUACGCUCGAAGGCGACUAGCAUCCUUACUGCCGACCUCCGGCUGGGGCGCUCUCUGUCUUGUGUUCGCUCUCACCCACUCCUUGAUCUUCGGCUCAAACUCGUUCACAAUCUGGGAAGACAAGAUCUUGACCUUCUUCUUGGCUACCUUCGGGUCCGUUGCACUGCUUAACUCUCAGAGGCUGGAUACCGCAAAGCGCGCAUUGGGAACGUAUCACUCAAUAGUCUUCCUCCUCCUUGUCCGGUUGUCGUCAAUCUCGCGAUUAUGCCGGGAGGAACAGAUGCCUUUCUGCGAAUCGACAUUUUACUCCUCCGCAUCCUCGUCUGUUUCUGCGCCUCGAACGCUUGUCAUCCUGUUCAUUAUGGCUCUAGGAUUGCCAUCGAUUAUCAGUACUUAUUACCGCCAUACCAACUCCUACUCCGGCCCAGCUCCGGUAUACAUCGGCUUCGGCUUCCGGUUGGGACUUCUCCUUAGUGCGCUAUAUUGGACCCUCGACUCUGCUGAUAAUGGCAACUGGAUCCCAGACCUCCCCGAGGGGGUAUUGAAACCACUGAAGACCACCGUCGGGCAAAUCGUCAUAGCGAUGGGCCUCCUCGCGGGAAACCUAGCAUACGCAUACUCUUCCAUCUGCAUAGAUGUCCGUCUCGAAGAUCCGCUCGCCAACCCAUCCACCACUGCCACCCCUGAUGACGACGGCGGAGGCGUAACACCUCCACCCCAGAGCUCAAAGCCCAUCGUCCGCCUCCUUGGCACAUCAAAUUUGCACGGCUCCCGCUACUUCAUGCUACUGAUAUCCUGGUCCCUAGCCCUCAUCCUUCUUCAGAAGCCGAUGGGCGGUGCGUCAAUGGGUCUCCUCCUGUGGCAAAUCCUCUCCCUGUUAGAACUCCUACACACCCUCUCGCUCUCUGACUCCGCCGUCGGCCCCGUUAUACUGGGAAUCCUUGGAAACUCCCACUUCUUCUCCACAGGUCACCAAGCCACGCUCUCCGCUAUUCAAUGGGAAUCCGCAUUCAUCCCCUUCUCAACAAUCAUAUACCCUUGGUCACCGAUGCUUGUUAUAGCGAAUAGCAUUGGCCCACAGUUACUCACCGCCUUGGCCGUCCCACUCGUGGUACUCUGGAAAGCACCCCCAACAGGUACGGAGACGCUGGGUAAGACGGCUAAAGCCGUGACUACGCAUAUAUUAUACCAUUCUAUGAUCACUCUCAGCGCAGUUGCAUGCGCUGGGCAUUUGAGGAGGCAUCUGAUGCUUUACAGAAUUUUUAGUCCGAGGUUCAUGUUAGGCGGGGUGGUGUUGCUAGCUGUUGAUGCGGUAGUUUUGUUGGCGGCUAUGUGGGGGACCAGAGUUAGUUUCCUGAGUGUCGGAGAAUUGUUCGGCUGUUAGAUAGUUGUAGUUACUUCGGGCUUUGACAGUAGGACGGAUGAAUAGUAGGAGGGCGCUGGUAAAUAUUGGAAAAAUGGGACGGUUUUUUUUUUUUAGAGAUAUCGAUAGAGUUACGGCUCUUUUAAUUAACGGUAUUGCUAUAG